AUACACACCGGCUGCAUGGACGCAGAAAACCACACAGAAGUGUCCAAAUUCCUGCUCCUGGGUCUUUCGGAUGAUCCUAAACUGCAGCCUCUCCUCUGUGGAGUGUUCCUCUCCAUGUACCUGGUCACCGCGCUGGGAAACCUGCUCAUCAUUGUGGCCAUCAGCUCUGACUCCCGCCUCCACACCCCCAUGUACUUCUUCUUGUCCAACCUGUCCUUUGUUGACAUCUGCUUCACCUCCACCACCGUCCCAAAGAUGCUGGUGAACAUCCAGGCACAGAGCAAAGCCAUCUCCUACAUAGAAUGCCUCAUCCAGGUGUUUUUUUUUAUGAUAUUUAUUGGAAUGGACAACUUUCUCCUGACCCUGAUGGCCUAUGACCGGUAUGUGGCCAUCUGCCACCCCCUGCACUACAUGGUCAUCAUGAACCCCCGGCUCUGUGGCUCCCUGGUUCUGAUGUCUUGGUUCGUCAUUUUCUGGGUCGCCCUGGUUCAUAUUCUACUGAUGAGGCAGCUGACCUUCUCUAUAAACAGUGAAAUUCCACAUUUCUUCUGUGAACUGGCCCAGAUUCUCAAGGUGGCCUGCUCUGACACUCUCAUCAAUGACAUCUUCAUGUAUGUGACUACUUCUCUACUGGCUGUGUUUCCUCUCACUGGGAUUCUCUUUUCUUACUGUAAGAUUGUCUCCUCUUUAAUGAGAAUGUCCUCUGCAGUGGGGAGGUAUAAAGCAUUUUCUACCUGUGGGUCUCACCUCUCUGUAGUCUCCUUGUUCUAUGGGACGAGCCUGGGGGUCUACCUCGGUUCUGCUCUGACCCCUUCUACCCUACAAAACUCAGUUGCCUCAGUUAUGUACACUGUGGUCACCCCCAUGCUGAACCCCUUCAUCUACAGCCUGAGGAACAAGGAUGUGAAGGGGGCGCUGGGAAGGCUCCUCAACCGAGCAGCAUCUUGUCCAUGA